AAAGCAUCCUAGCUUACAGAUAUAAGUGUAAUCAGCCCUGCGAGCAUGUCUUCAAACGUCAUAGCAGUAAAGUAGCGUUAUUAUUUUUAAAGGAAGGGUUAACUAAUCGCUCUGAAAGGUUCGUGGUCCGGCCCCGUUGUGAAUCAAUGGGACUUGACCUAUAGCUGAAGACUAAUUCAUUCAACAUUCCCCCACCCUGAUGAUUAUAAAUAUCAAGGACAGACUUCACAGUCUUCACUUUUGAUCUUGCCUCUGAGACUCAACAGCUGAAGAAACGUCUGACACUAUGAAAGACUUAAGGACUCUUGCGGCUUAUGCACUUGCGCUUUUACUUCUGGCAACAUUUGUGUCCCAUUCCUGGAGUGCGCCCAAGGGCAGUUUUCAGCGUCGGAAUUGGACGCCCCAAGCCAUGUUAUAUCUGAAGGGCACACAGGGACGGCGCUUUGUGUCAGAAGACAGAAAUGAAGGGGACUUGUACGACACGAUACGCUUAGAGUCACGCAGCCAAAACACAGAAAACCUGAGCAUCUCUAAAGCGGCUGCUUUUCUCUUAAAUGUUCUCCAGCAAGCCAGAGAUGAGGGUGAGCCUUACUAAAACCAGCUAAAAGAGCACCAACAACUCACUCUUUCAUCUGAAUACUUCCAGUUUUGUGAGCCAUGUGGAAUUUAAUGUUUUCAAGUUCAUCCUCCG